AUUUCCGCAACAUAUCAUCUUGUGCUGUCUUAGCUCAACUCAUUUUGAAGGAGAAGUUACACCAUCUAGGGGUUUUAGGAUGUGUUAUGUGCAUUUCUGGUUCUGUUGUCAUUGUCGCACAUGCACCACAAGAGCGUCCCAUUACUUCUGUUCAUGAAUUAUGGACUAUGGCAACUCAACCAGCGUUUCUACUUUAUGUGGGUUCAGUCAUAGUGUUGGUCUUCAUUCUGGUCUUCCAUUUUGCACCUAGAUGUGGGCAUACAAAUGUGCUGGUUUUCACUGGAAUUUGUUCAUUAAUGGGUUCUCUCUCGGUGAUGAGUGUCAAAGCCCUUGGAACUGCAAUCAAAUUAACCUUUGAGGGAAAGAACCAGUUAAUCUAUACAGAGACAUGGACUUUUUUGUUGGUUGUGGUUACAUGUGUCAUUACACAAAUGAAUUAUCUUAACAAGGCACUUGACACAUUCAAUGCUGCAGUGGUGUCCCCUAUUUAUUAUGUUAUGUUCACAUCACUUACAAUCCUUGCCAGUGUGAUAAUGUUCAAGGACUGGGAUGGGCAAAGCGUGGGAAGCAUCAUAUCUGAAAUUUGUGGUUUCAUUGCCGUGCUCUCUGGGACUAUUUUGUUACACUCAACCAAAGAUUUUGAGAGAAGUUCAUCCUUUGGAGGUAGCUAUGCACCCGUAUCCCCCAGAUUGUCUACAGGACUUAUCAAUCAGCAUGAUGAAACUAUAAAGCAGGAAGAGGAGGAUUUGUUGCAUCCUGAGGAAGCUGGCUUCAGGAAACAAGAAUUAUUCUGAGAUGGGCGACAUUAUGGAGUGGGAACCCUCUCUCCAUUUCAUGACUUGUGUAAAAUUAUAGGGGAAGGUACUCAAGGUUUCAAAAGCUCUUGAAGUAAUAUGCCC